CCAGCUGUCCCUUUUAUGUUCUCUUGGGAAUGCCUGCUGCCAUCACCCUGCCAAGCAGACGGAGGUGAACAGAAGGAGGGUGGAGAAACAGUGUCCAGUGGUCCAACAAACAUCUAUGUCCUGAAUGUCCUUAUUAGUCCACGUGGGACUGCAAACCUGCUGCAUGGUCCCUCAGCUAUCAGGCUGUGGCUAAAGUUAGAUUGGCCUGCGCAAGGGUAUAUAAGCCCCCGGGGAUGUACGUAUAACGCGGCUUCACACUGUCUUCUCUUUCUUGAUCAUCCGAACCUCUACCGUCUCAAGAUGGCACCAAAGAAGGCCAAGAGGAGGGCAGCAGCAGGAGAGGGUGGUUCCUCCAACGUGUUCUCCAUGUUUGAGCAGAGCCAGAUUCAGGAGUACAAGGAGGCUUUCACAAUCAUCGACCAGAACAGAGAUGGUAUCAUCAGCAAAGAUGACCUGAGGGACGUGCUGGCCUCAAUGGGCCAGCUGAACGUGAAGAAUGAGGAGCUGGAAGCCAUGAUCAAGGAGGCCAGCGGCCCCAUCAACUUCACCGUCUUCCUCACCAUGUUCGGAGAGAAGCUGAAGGGUGCUGACCCCGAGGACGUUAUUCUUAGCGCCUUCAAGGUUCUGGACCCCGAUGCUACUGGAACCAUCAAGAAGGAAUUCCUCGAGGAGCUUCUGACCACUCAGUGCGACAGGUUCACCCCAGAGGAGAUCAAGAACAUGUGGGCCGCCUUCCCCCCAGAUGUUGCCGGCAACGUAGACUACAAGAACAUCUGCUACGUCAUCACACACGGAGAGGAGAAGGAGGAGUAAAGAGAAAAAGAUAGAAGACAAGAAAGACAGCAAUCCCUUUUGCUAUUCUGCCUUCCCUCACCCUUCUCUUUCCUCCCCCCCCUGCUCACCCCCCCCCUCCCCCCCAUGUGCUCAGCCGUGCUCACGUUCAAACCAGAGACUUGUCACACUUGACACAUGAGCGGACCGGAUUGCUCAUGAGAUGUCUAUGUUUGCUUAUGGGGAAUAGGGAUGGUUUUCAAUAAAAUUGUCAUAUAACAUCAUUUCCAUCCUCAAACUUUUCUCAAACACUCUCUUCUUUCUUUGCAACCGUCUUCCGUCUUCUCGCCUCUGCAUCUCCGUAUCUCUGUGUCACUUCAGCCUCUACUUCCCCUCAAUAUCUCUGAGGAGAAGGAAACAGGAAACAUGAGGACUUCAUUCCAUAUUCUGAAGAUGUCCUCAUGGGUGUAGAGAGGAGGUGAGAGGAGGGAGAGCUUUUUUUUUUUGCAGGUUAGAUGGGGGGGGGGGAAGUUUAAGUCUCCUUAAAGCGAUGACGGCUUUUUCCCUUGAAAAGUUAAAAAAAACAAAAAAAAAACUGAAGGGGAGGAGAGAAAGUGCCGAAAGAAAACAUUCAACUCUUCGAUUCAUUUCCCUUUUCUCCUUCCUGAAUCCAUUAAAUCACCUUUUUUUUUUUUUUCUCCAUAAGCUGUCAUCAGACUCUUCCUCGCCUUUCCUCUGUAACGAAUAAAAAGGGACAAACUGUGAAUAAAAUCUCUUUCCUUUUUGUACAA